AGCCUGGCAGCUGCGCGGUUGCCACGGUUCCCCGUGAUUGUGGCGGAGGGUGAGCGGGUUGACGUUUGUUUGACAGAGUGCAGCAAGCAAGAAUCUCGUCGUGCUGCCGGUCAUUCAGCCGUGUCAACAUGCUGACGUCUCUACGACGAGCUUGCGGGCUCCUCGCUUCAAGAAACAUUAGGGGAGUGCAAACAACAGCAAAUCGCACGUCGGACCAGCUGUUUGUUCACAGAGACAGCGAGCAUGACAAUCCUAAUAUACCGUUCGAGUUCAACGAGGCGAAUAAGAAGCGGAUCGAAGCUCUGCUUGCGAUUUAUCCCGAAGGACACAAGCGUGGUGCCAUGAUACCUCUGUUGGAUCUGGCGCAGCGGCAGCACGGCUGGCUGCCCAUCUCCGCCAUGCACAAAGUCGCCGAGAUACUGGACGUGCCGCGCAUGAGAGUGUACGAGGUAGCCACGUUCUACACGAUGUUCAAUCGCAGGCCCAUGGGCAAGUAUCACAUACAGAUUUGCACCUGCACUCCGUGCUGGCUGAGGGACUCCGACUCGAUAGUCAACGCCGUGACGAAGGCCGCGAAUUGCGAGCUCGGCGGCAGCUCCGCGGACAAGCUGUUCACCGUCUCGGAAGUGGAGUGUCUGGGCGCUUGCGCCAAUGCGCCGAUGUUCCAAGUGAACGACGAUUAUUAUGAGGAUUUGACCCCGGAAACUGCAACGGCUAUAAUAAAUGCUUUCAAGAAGGGCGAGAGGCCGUCGCCGGGCCCACAGAAUUCUCCGAGAUUCGCGGCUGACCCUGCCGGUGGACUUACGUCGUUGACGUCUCCGCCACCGGGUCCCGGAUUUGGAGUUAGGUCGGACUUGUAAAAUAUAUGGUAUUUGAUAGGGCUGUAGUGUACGUUAACGAAUGUAAAAAGAUUAUUAAUAAAUACAUGUCAAAGUAGCAAAUUAUUUCGUUGACACGUUGUCACAUUUAUGAUUUUAUAUUUGUUUUAUGUAUGAAAUAAUUUUAAUGUAUCUAAUAAAUCUCCGAAUUUGAAAUA